UCGUUUGAAGAUCUGAUGACAAGUCUUCAGGACUGUGUGAUCACCAAAGAUCAAACACCAGAAAACGUCAGCCAAACCCUCGGGCUCCUUGUUAAUAAACUGUCUGAAUCAUCCAGGAGUAGUGUGAAAAGAUGCAAGGAGCGCAGUUUAGAGGAGGCUGUGCAGUUGCUGAGAAAGAUUUCAGAGACAGAGCUUGAAGGUUUAAAGGAGAGCCAACUCCUGCUUCUUGUCAGACUCCUCAUCUCCCUGCAGCUGCAGAUGGUCAACAUCUCCACAGCCUGUCGAAAAGUAGACCAGAUGUUGCAACAUCUGGCAAAGGUGGACCACCAACUGGUUUUUAGAGAAACCCAACUGUGUUUGCACUCCAUAGGGCACACUGAUCAGAUACUGUCUAUGGAGGAUCUUCAGAGAGCCUGUAUGUUCCUGGAAGACAGCACUGUUGGUCGAGAAGUGUGGCGAGAGUCAUGCCUGUCUUUUAUGAAUAAACUGUCUGAGUUAUUCACUGUUGUACUACAACAAGAAUCCCUGAGAGAUGGACCGCUGUGUUAUAUUGCUGUUAAGGUGUGUCUACAGAUAUUUCAGCUGUUGUCCAGUGAAGUGGCUCCUCUAGUGUGGAAGAAGGAGAAUGAGAGCCAAACACUGCAGAAGAUCCUGCAGGCUAUUAUGGACAUAAUCCUCGGACAGUGCUGCAACAGGGACACUCGCCUUUUGGCAGGCACUGCUGUGGCCAUGCUGAUUAACACAGCAUCAGAGAGCAGAGCUGGAGGUGCUGCUGCUUGGAGUCUGCUACAGGUCUCUCAUUCAGAGCCGUGGCUGCUGACUGUUGGUGUUCUUCAGGUGCAGUGCAGCCCCGCAGGGAAGGAUGGAGUGGACAGGCUGGCUGUGAGCAGGGGCCUCCUGACCUGCUGCCGACCUCAUAUCUUGCUCGCUUCACAUGCGGAUACCACAAAGUGUCUGCUGCUGGAUGGUUUGUUUCCUCUGGCCUUUGCUUUGUGUGAGAAGAAACUGGACUGUCACCACUAUGCCUUUGAAGUGUUAACACUAUGGCUGAAGAAAGUCAAAGAAUGUCUGGCUGAUAUUUGGAAGAUGACAGGUGUUCGUCUUCUACCUGACAACAGCAGCCUGCAACAACAGCUCAUUCAUAUUAUCUGGACCAAUGCUGAAAGCCCAGUGGAAGGUGUGUCAGAAUCUGCACGCAGUUGCUUUUGUCUGCUUCUGGAGGUCUAUGAGAUGGACUGUAAGAAGUUUGCUGACACAGAGAAGACUCUUUAUUCAAAUUUGCUUCAGCGAAUAAUCAAACUCCCAUGGGAAGCCAAAGCCAAAUAUCAUCACCUUUGUGUUCUUCUCCCAUAUCUGGGUACUGACAUGGUGCUGGAUCAAUAUGGUGAUAUCCCCAAUCAUCUACUGAAGUGCCUGUCAACCAAUCACCUGUCACCAUGUGGCUCAGAGCUUUACAAGUGUCUGGUCCAGCAGCAGAGGAGAGAACUAUGUGAAGGCUCGCAAAAGUUGGCUUCAAUCGAUGAGGUGAAUCUGGCCGAUCAGUGGGCAAGACGUUGGCAGCCCGUCCUUCUUGAGGCAUUGACUUCUGAUGUGACUCUUCUACAGAACCACAGCUCAUCACACUUACUGCCCUGCACCUUUCAAGUCUUUCCCUCUACUGUGGAGCUGCUGCUAGCCUCUCUGGACCCAUUCACCCCUGGUCACCUGCAUGCCUGGGCCUGCAUCAUGAGUUCCUACCGGGCCACGACCGGAGGCUCUCCCUGGGCUCUGCAGGGCAGCUCAACCCAUAAAAACCUCCAGCUAGCUCUAGGAUCUGUAGAUGACAAAGUGCGACUUGCUGUUCUCAGCCUUCUCUGCUGCAGCCCAAAGACCAAAGAUACUCCAACUUCAGAGGAGCUGUCAAUUAUGAAGACCUUCAUUCCUCAGAACCUGAACUGUGAGUCCUCACCUUUUCGCCAACAUUUUCAGGCAGGAGUGAAGAAAUUUCUGGUUCGUAUCAGAGAUGGCUGCUUGGCAUGUGUCAGAAGAGAAAAAGGCAAGAAGAAGGAAGAUGCCACCAACUUGGAAAGGGCAGAGGAAAUACUGAACCAGGGAAUAGGUUUUGUGGAAUGGUUGGGUGAACUUCCUUACUGCUAUCUGGCACCAGGACACAGUUACCAGAGGAAGAAGACUGUGUUGUUGUUGCUGUCUGCAGUGCUGGAGACCUGCACAGAUACCUGGAGCCCCGACAAAAAGAAGGGACAACCUCCAGUGAACAUGGGGUCUCUUAUUAACUGCGCGAGGCAAAAAGGAAAGUGGGAUUUCUUCUGCAAGGCAAAACAGCUGGUCCUCAUCAGCUGUUUAGAAGAUUCUACAAAUGAGAUUCGGGAGCUUUCGGCAGGGUUAUUAUUGAGAUAUUUCCCACCCAGUUUUCCAGAUGAUAUCACUUCUGUGCUGCUCACGCGAACCAAACAGCUCCUGUGCAGUCCUCGGGUGCAGGAAGCUCAGAUGGGAGCGCUGAUGAUGAAGGUUGUCCUUCAGAAAACACAAGACCAGUCUGAGGACUGCGGGCCCAACAAUAACAUUACUGUCAGCUGUGGAAGCAACACAAAAGUCUCCAGCUUUGUUAGAUUCCUUGUGAGGGAGCUGGAGGACCACUACCUGACAGCCAAGGCUGAUAUGAUGCUUGCUGCCAGAACCAAACCUAUACAUGGUGUUCUGAGUGCCCUUCAGAGGUGUUUGCUUGAGGCACCUAGCUGUAUCUUUGACACACUUGGCCACAGUCUAACCAUUGAGGUCCUGGGCCUGCUGGAGAAUAUCUCUUUGCUUCUGCUGGGUGUGCUGUAUGGAGAUACUUGUGCUACUGAUGAGGAUGCCCCCCCAUCUUUUUGUGAUAUGGGCAACGCCAUCAGCUCUCUGAUAGCACAAGCAUCAGGAGGAAACCAAGGUGAUGGAGAGGAGUGUGUCUUGCUAUCUGAAGAACACAGCCUUGUGCUCACCUGCUGCUGGGUCUCUCUCAAGGAAAUUGGGAUCUUUUUAGGUUCUCUGGUGGAGAGAAUUCUCACUGAAUCCAAAUCCAGCAAGUGCCUGCUAACAAUAGAAGAUCUAAUAAGAGCAUCAAAAGUAUUCAAAAAUAUUCUUCUCAAAUGUCGCCACUGGGGGGCAGUAGAGGGAUGCUGUGUAGGCUUCACCAAGUUCUGUGCCUGUCUACUAAGCAACAAUGAUCCACAGUUUAGGAAUAUCCCAGCCCACAUGCUAACACAAGGAUUGAAGGUUGUGCAGUCUCCUCGUUCUACUUCUGUGACCCGGCGGGCUGCAGGGUUGCCUAUGCUCAUCCUGUGUGUUGUGUCAGCAGAGGAGGCCAGUAAAACACGGCCACUUUUAUCCCACAGCGUGAAGAUCUUACUGGAGACAGCCAGAACCCCUCUGCCUGACAGCUGGGACCAGACACUGGACCUCCCACAGGUGUGUGCAGUUCACACUCUGCAGGCCCUAGUGCGUGGCUCUGGGCUGGGAGUAGCUAUCCUUCAGUUCGCCCCUGAUGUAGCCAUCUUGUCUCUCACUCUGCUCAGUUCUCCCUGCUGGGCCAUGAGGAAUGCUGCUCUGCAGCUUUACAGUUCUCUUUGCUCACGAAUGCUCGGCCAGAGGCCCAGCAGUGACGGGGGCGGCCCCACUCAGCAUGGCAUGUCCCCCCCUGCCUUCUUCUUCCACUACCCUGCGUUCCACCCCUUCCUCCUUGCAGAGCUUAGAGGGGCAGCACACAACCUCCAAGGUCCACCUGAGGAGGCCAGGCUUCGCCUUCAGCCAUCGCUCUACCCUAUUCUUACUCUGUUAGCCCAACUGCAGCCUGGCGUCCAAGACUCAACUGAAUCGUUGUCAGACUUCCUGCCCCCUUUACUCCAGCUGUCUGCCAGUCCCAUUUACAGUGUGAGAGUGAUGGCUUCGAAGGCUUUGGUUGCCAUGACUCCCCCUUUAGAGUACAUGAACAUCCUCAUCAAACUGACAUCUGAACUGCCUGGUCCACUGGAUCGUUGCUGUCACAAUCGACUCCACGGACAGCUGCUGCAGAUCAAAGCUGUUCUAGACAGAGCUCUCUGCUCACACAGUGCCCCUUCAGCUGACCUGUGUGAGGUGCUGAGCAGGGUGGAUGCCUCACUGUGGCUUGCAACUGAGGCUCAGCGCUGCCCCCUGGUGAGAUCAGCCUACUUGGCAGUGGCAGGCUCACUGAGAGGGUUCUGCUGUGAGACCUACCUGUCAAAGCUCUACGAUACGCUCAUGUGUGAGCUCUGUACACCUCAACAGGAGCUACAGAUUGGGCUGUCUUCCUUCCAUCAACAAGUGAUUCAGUUUCUGUGUGCAGACCAGAAUUGGGCCCGUCAAAUCUGGGACAACUUUUCUGCAGCAAGCCUUGAUCUGAGGCUCGAAUUAGUUACAUGGGUGGUGGAUGGGCGAGAGUUGCAGCAGACCAGCUUGAAAGAGGUGAUCCAGGGGGUGCUGCAGUCAAACCUGAGGGAGGCAUUGUUGAGCCACUGUGUGGAGUACCGCAGGACCUACCUCGCAGCCCUGGUGGCAGUGAUGGCUGGAGGUGAUUUGACUUCACCCCAGUGUCCUCCUCAGUCGGCUCCGAUGGAAGAAUCGGUUCUGCUUGAGUGUCUGGAUUUGUUGCUUGGUGACCUGGAGGAGCAGAGAGGUGGACCAGAGUUCCUCUCACAGGCGCUGUAUGCUGCUAGUCUGCUGCUGUCCCAGCAAUCAGACUCCAGUUUUAAGAUUGCUAUGAUCCAGCGCUGGUGUAGUGUCUUGGAAUGCCACUGCUCUCCAGAUGCCACAGAAGUGCUCCGAAUAGCUUGUGCUGAAGCUCUGUGUGUAGCUGGAGUGUCUCUAAUGAGCCGUAGCCUGAGAGAACACAACACCUUGCCAGCCAUCAUGAUCAGGUUGAUCAACACAGGCCUAUAUUUGCUGCAGGACCAAAGCCAGCUGGUGAGGAUUAAAGCGGCCUGUUUUACCUCCAUGUUGCAGCAUGCCAGAGAAGGAGGCCAGAGGAGUGUCUACCUCAUGCAGGUCAACCAGGCUCUGCCACUCCUACUAGACUUGCUGCUGGAAGAAUGUUGGGAUACACCUGGCACUUUGCAGGUGCUAUUGUGUCACCUGACUCAGCCUGAUCUCAGACCUGUGCUGAGAGAGGCUUCAGAAACAGGGUGUGCCAGUCUAUAUGAGCAGGAUGAGGCCAAUGUGUUUGCGGAGCCAUCUGUGAUGUCUGCACAAGUGCUGCCAUACCUACUGCAGAUGGCUAAAAAGUACUCAGAAUCCUCUACAUUGGCACAAAGCCUAAUUGCAUGGGCAGAGGAGAGUGCUGCACAGGUGCUAGACAGCCUUGCGGUGUGCAAAGAGCUCCAGCCAGCUCCGACUCUGACCCUGACCUGGCUAUCUCUCCUCAUGGAUCCCCGCUUACACAGCACCCUGUGUGGCCUGUUAGCCAGGGCUGCCUUCCUCCUCCGGCUGUUGAAAACAUGUGAUGACGUACGACACCUUUGUGAUUCUUCAGCCCUGCAUGAGGCUGUACGGGAAGUUUGUAGUCUUCUCGGCCAGAGAGGCGUCCACCUUCCCUCUGCUUUAACAGCUGCUGUGGCUGGAGACUUGCCACUAUGACAGCACUGAGGAGCUUUUUCUGUACACUCAGUGAGAAAGGCCUUUCAGCCAGUGAGGCAGCGGAUACAAUUACCUCUGGGUAUUUCAGGACAGCCUAUGACAUCUAAA